UUUCAUUACAACCAUUUUAAGCAGUUGCAGUAACAUAAUUAAUAAUGCAUUCCCACUUUAAGCACUCAACUUCUUAAUUUUUUUCUGCUACUUAAUUACCAUUUUCAGCCUCAAAGCAAGUGGUCCUUUAAUUUCGGGAUUCACUUAUUCACGUUUUUGCUUCCUGUGCUUUUGUUUAUCUGAAUAGUGUUGUUGGAAAUUCUUCAAGUUUCAGCUUUUUCAAGAUGAACCAUGAUCAGCAACACAAACCAUCCUUCUUUGCUGUCAUCAAAGGAAAUUUCAAUCAAUUGAAAGUUCCACCGAAGAUUGUUAUGAAUUUGGGUGAAGAGUUGUGGAAAAAGGAAUCAAUUAUUCUGAUAGGCUCAUCUGGUGAGAAGUGGCAAGUGAGUAUUUUGAAGAAAGAAAACGACAUGUAUCUGCAAAACAUUGGUUGGGAAAAAUUCAUGAAAGAGAACUCAGUGAUGAAUGAAGAGUUCUUGGUUUUCACAUAUAACGGAGAGAACAGGUUCCAGGUGAAAAUUUUUGGUAGGAAUGGAUUAGAGAGACCAAGCUUCAAGAAAGAAGAAGAAGUUGCUGCAGAAGCUCCAACUGUGGUGAAGAGAAAGAGAGGUAGACCAAGCUUCAAGAAAGAGGAAAAAGUUGCUGCAGAAGCUCCGGUUGUGGUCAAGAGAAAGAGAGGUAGACCAAGAAAAAAUCCUGCUGCUGAGACAGUAUGUGCGAACAAAGAAAAGGAAGCUACAGCAACAGUAGUUGCUAAGAAAGAAAAAGAAAAAGAAGCUACAGAAACAGUUGUGGCUAGAAGAGAGAAUGAUGAACCAAGAAAAACUCCUGCUGCUAAGAGAGUAUGUGUCAAAAAAGAAAAGAAGGAAGCUGUAGAAAUAGAAACAAUGGAGAGUAAGAGAAACAAGGGAAGACCAAGAAAAAGUGCUCCUCCUCCUCCUGCUGCUGCUGUUAUCAUAAUUAUAGACUGAUAAGAAAACAAGUAUCAGUGUGUUUUGUUCCUAUUUCUCUGGUAUCUCGUUCUUUUAGUUAUUGUGUGUGUUUGAGUGGUAGGUGGGGUUGUUAUUAUUUCUUAAAGAUGUUUACUAUUUGGUUGCCAUUGUUAUUUGCUCGGCA